AUGGCUCCCGGCACAAUCUCCCCCGGCCUGCACCAUGGCAACCAGGACGUCGACCUGACCUCCUCCGCCAUCGAGCACAAGCUCGACGCCCUCCCGCAGAAGGCAGCCUCCAACGGCCACAGCAACGGCACCGCCAAGCCCGCCGCCUACCAAGAACUCGACGCCUCCAAGCUCGUCUACACCCGCACCAAGAACCCCCGCGCCGUCCCCGAUCUCGCCUCCGCCAACGCCGGGCCCGAGACCAUCUGCACCGACCACAUGAUCGCCGCCACCUGGAAGGCCAGCACCGGCUGGUCCGUCCCCGAGCUCAAGCCCUACGGGCCCCUCUCCCUCAUGCCCACCGCCUCCGUCCUGCACUACGCCACCGAGUGCUUCGAGGGCCUCAAGGCCUACCGCGGCUUCGACGGCGCCCUCCGCCUCUUCCGCCCCGACCGCAACUGCGAGCGCAUGCUCAUGUCCUCCACCCGCAUCGCCCUGCCCGCCUUCCCGCCGGCCGAGCUCGAGAAGCUCCUCGUCGCCCUCAUGGCCGUCGACGGCCCCAAGUGGCUGCCCCGCGACCGCCCGGGCUCCUUCCUCUACCUCCGCCCCACCAUGAUCGGCACCCAGUCCCAGCUCGGCGUCCAGGCCCCCUCCGAGGCCAUGCUCUACAUCAUCUGCUCCUUCAUGCCCACCAUGGACAGCCCCGUCGGCGGCAUGAAGCUGCACACCAGCCCCGAGGACAUGGUCCGCGCCUGGGUCGGCGGCUUCGGCUACGCAAAGGUCGGCGCCAACUACGGGCCCAGCUUGCUCGCCACCGCCGAGGCCCGCAGCAGGGGCUUCGGCCAGAUCCUGUGGCUGUACGGCCAGGAGCAGUACUGCACCGAGGCCGGCGCGAGCAACUUCUUUGUUGUGUGGAAGAACAAGCAAAGCGGCAAGACGGAGAUCAUCACCGCGCCGCUUGACGACCGUUUGAUCUUGGACGGCGUCACGAGGCGCAGCGUGCUGCAGCUUGUGAGGGAGCGUCUGGGCGAGGAGGUUGACGUCGUCGAGAGGCGGUACACCAUCGACGAGGUCAUUGAGGCUGACCAGGAGGGUCGUAUUGUCGAGUCCUUCGCGGCCGGCACUGCCUUCUUCGUCUGCCCCAUCUCCCUGAUCCACCACCGCGGCAAGGACGUCCAGAUCGGCAUGGGCGGCGCCGGCGAGGGCGGCGAGUACACCCUCCGCAUCAAGAAGUGGAUGAAGGACAUUAUGUACGGCGGCGAGCAGCACGAGUGGGGCGUCGUUGUCCAGGAGGAGCAGUAG